CUCAACUCCAACGACGAUCCAUCUUCCAACAAUUAUCCCAAUUAACUCCCGAUAAACCUACAAUCUCAUAUUCGAAUAGAAUUCGAUCAGAUCAACUUCGGAAACCUACCGAGAUCGCUCCAAGUAACACACAGCCAAAAUGGCGCAAACACCACAACAACGGAUUAGCAACCAGAAGUUUGCCAAAGUGAACACGGCCAAGAUGGGAAAGCCAGAGGGCACAUUGAAGAAGAAACAGCAAACAUUUAAGUCGCCGGUGUCUCCUAUCUGGCUUAUCCUUUUAGCAUUCGUGGUGUUCGGCGGCCUGAUAUUCGAGUUAAUUUCGAGGAUAUUCUUCAGAUAAAUGAGGCGGAUCAAGGCGGUGGUGAAAUCGAUACGAGGGGCAAGCGCAACGUGGCUAUAUCCAACAAAAUGCGCGACCGGAACUUCAAGCUACACAUUGUACCAAACAUUAUACCUCAGACUCAAUUUAACAUAAGAAUUGAAGAUUGAUGCUUUCCAAGUC